AUGGCGGUGUCGAUGAUUGUGUUGAUGAUGGUGUUAAUGGGUAUGGCGGUGGAGGCCACUCCGCCGGGUAUAGCGUAUCACCCAAGCAAUUCUCACUGCACUGACGAUGAGAUUAAGCAGUGCAAGAAUCUCCCCCAUGUUUGCCCCAAAUUCUGUCCUAAUGGCUGCAUUACUGAGUGCAGAUCUUGUAAGCCUAUUUGCGUUGAUGGCCCCGCCCCUCCCCCAGCUGACUCUACGCCGCCGCCUAAGUCUGAUGGAAAUGCUAACAAUCCACCAAAGCCGCCAUCUUCUUCUCCUUCUCCAACUCCUAAGCCACCAACCCCUUCUCCUCCUCCAUCUCCUAAGCCGCAAACGCCUUCUCCUACUCCGUCUCCUAAGCCACCAACCCCUUCUCCUAAGCCGCCAACCCCUUCUCCUCCUCCAUAUCCUAAGCCGCAAACGCCUUCUCCUUCUCCUGAGUGGCCAACCCCCUCCACUACUUCACCCAAAAAAGUUAGGUGUAAGCUCAGUGCAUACCCAACUUGUUAUGCCGUCGAGCAUCAGUGCCCGGCUGCUUGCCCCGGCGGUUGCCAAGUUGAUUGCUCUGAUGGAAAUGCUAACAAUCCACCAAAGCCGCCAUCUUCUUCUCCUUCUCCAACUCCUAAGCCACCAACCCCUUCUCCUCCUCCAUCUCCUAAGCCGCAAACGCCUUCUCCUACUCCGUCUCCUAAGCCACCAACCCCUUCUCCUAAGCCGCCAACCCCUUCUCCUCCUCCAUAUCCUAAGCCGCAAACGCCUUCUCCUUCUCCUGAGUGGCCAACCCCCUCCACUACUUCACCCAAAAAAGUUAGGUGUAAGCUCAGUGCAUACCCAACUUGUUAUGCCGUCGAGCAUCAGUGCCCGGCUGCUUGCCCCGGCGGUUGCCAAGUUGAUUGCGUCAGUUGCAAACCAGUUUGCAAAUGUGACAUGCCGGGAGCAGUGUGCCAAGACCCUCGAUUCAUCGGAGCCGACGGCCUUACCUUUUACUUCCACGGCAAGAAAGACAGAGACUUUUGCCUCGUAACAGACCCUAAUCUCCACAUCAACGCCCACUUCAUCGGAAGACGAAACCCCAAAAUGAACAGAGACUUUACGUGGGUCCAAUCCAUCGCCGUUCUCUAUAACAAUCACACCGUCUUCAUCGGCGCCCAGAAAACCGCCACCUGGAACGACGCCGUCGACCGCCUCUCCCUCUCCUUCGACGGACAGCCCAUCCUCCUCCCGGACACCGAAGGCGCCACGUGGCUCUCGAAAUCCUUACCGGCCGCCAAAAUCACGAGGGCCGGCGACACCAACGACGUGACGCUGGAAAUAGAAAACACAGCAAUGAUCACGGCCAGGGUAGUUCCGAUAACUCAGCAUGAGUCCAGAGUUCACAACUAUGGAAUCACGGCAGAAAAUUGCUACGCCCACCUGGAAUUGGGGUUCAAGUUCUUGUCUUUGAGCGGCGAUGAAGUGGACGGCGUUUUGGGGCAGACGUAUAGGAGGGACUACGUGAGCAGGGUGAAAAUGGGGGUGGUGAUGCCGGUGAUCGGCGGCGAGAAAGAGUUCGCCUCGUCCGGCCUAUUCGCCGAUGACUGCGCCGUGGCGAAAUAUAACGGCGGGAGAAAGGGGCCGUCUUCGUCGGUUUUGGAGCUGCCCAGCAUGAAGUGCAAGAGUGGGAUCUAUGGGCAUGGGGUUGUCUGCAAGCGCUAG